UAAGCAGUGAGCGGGCCCCAGCGGGCCGGAGGGACACUUCACCACCACCAUGGACAGUAGCACCUGGAGCCCCACGGUCACCGCCACCGACUCUCCAGAGGUCCCGUCCUAUGAGCGCGUCCGCAAUGCAGCUGACAUCUCGGUCAUCGUUAUCUACUUCGUGGUGGUGAUGGCUGUCGGGCUGUGGGCGAUGUUCUCCACUAAUCGUGGGACCGUUGGAGGCUUCUUUCUGGCAGGCCGAAGUAUGGUGUGGUGGCCGAUUGGAGCCUCUCUCUUUGCUAGUAACAUUGGAAGUGGCCACUUUGUGGGGCUGGCUGGGACAGGAGCAGCCUCAGGCAUCGCCAUUGGCGGCUUCGAAUGGAUCGCCUUGAUUGUGGUGGUCGUGCUGGGCUGGGUGUUUGUCCCUAUUUAUAUCAAGGCUGGGGUGGUGACAAUGCCAGAGUACCUGCGGAAGAGGUUUGGAGGCAAGCGGAUCCAGAUCUACCUGUCUCUUCUGUCCCUGUUGCUCUACAUUUUUACCAAGAUCUCGGCAGACAUCUUCUCUGGGGCUAUAUUCAUCAAUCUUGCCUUGGGCCUGGAUAUCUAUUUGGCCAUUGUUCUUCUAUUAGCAAUCACUGCUCUUUAUACAAUCACAGGGGGCCUGGCAGCUGUGAUUUACACGGAUACCUUGCAGACAGCGAUCAUGCUGGUGGGGUCUUUUAUCCUGACUGGGUUUGCUUUCCAUGAAGUAGGAGGGUAUGAUGCCUUCGUGGAAAAGUAUAUGAAUGCCAUUCCAACUUUGAUUUCGGAUGGAAACACGUCUGUCAAGUCAGAAUGCUACACUCCCAGGCCUGAUUCUUUCCAUAUCUUCCGAGAUCCUAUUAAUGGAGACAUCCCAUGGCCUGGGCUCCUAUUUGGGAUGACCAUCCUUUCCAUGUGGUACUGGUGUACAGAUCAGGUAAUCGUUCAGCGCUGCCUCUCAGCCAAGAACAUGUCUCAUGUGAAGGCCGGCUGCAUCUUGUGUGGGUACAUGAAGCUGUUGCCCAUGUUCCUCAUGGUGAUGACGGGGAUGAUCAGCCGCAUUCUGUACACAGAGAAAAUCGGCUGUGUCCUUCCCUCAGAGUGUAAUAAAUACUGCGGAACCCCAGUUGGCUGUACGAACAUCGCCUAUCCAACUUUGGUUGUGGAGCUCAUGCCUAAUGGACUGCGAGGCCUGAUGUUGUCUGUGAUGAUGGCCUCUCUCAUGAGCUCCCUGACCUCCAUCUUCAACAGCGCCAGCACUCUCUUCACCAUGGACAUCUAUACCAGGAUCCGGAAGAAAGCAACUGAGAGAGAGCUCAUGAUUGCAGGAAGGUUGUUCAUCCUCUUGCUGAUUGGCAUCAGCAUUGCCUGGGUGCCCAUUGUGCAGUCAGCUCAAAGUGGGCAGCUCUUUGAUUACAUCCAGUCUAUCACCAGUUACUUGGGGCCGCCCAUUGCAGCUGUCUUCCUGCUUGCUAUUUUCUGCAAGAGAGUCAAUGAACAAGGAGCCUUUUGGGGACUGAUUCUAGGCUUUCUUAUUGGAAUUUCCCGUAUGAUCGCUGAGUUUGCCUAUGGAACGGGGAGCUGCAUGGAGCCCAGCAACUGUCCCACGAUCAUCUGUGGGGUGCACUACUUGUACUUUGCAAUCAUCCUCUUUGUUAUCUCUCUCAUCACUGUCUUGGUCAUCUCCCUCCUCACCAAGCCCAUUCCAGACGUGCACCUGUAUCGUCUGUGUUGGAGCCUACGCAACAGCAAAGAAGAGCGUAUUGACCUGGAUGCUGAAGAGGAGGACAACCAGGAGGAGCCCCCCAAGGAUACCAUUGAAAUAGACACAGAAGUUCCUCAGCAGAAGAAAGGAUGCUUCAGGAGGGCAUAUGACCUAUUUUGUGGGCUGGACCAGGAUAAGGGACCCAAACUGACUAAGGAAGAGGAGGAGGCCCUGAAGCAGAAGCUGACAGACACCUCUGAGAAGCCUUUGUGGAGGAUAGUGGUGAACAUCAACGGCAUUAUCCUGCUGGCGGUGGCUGUCUUUUGCUAUGCAUAUUUUGCCUGAAUCCUGCCUUCUGCUAUAGACUUGGCAAAGCUGGAAUCUUCCAUUCCCUUUAAACUUACUCUGUGGUGGAAAAGGGAAACCGGCCAGUUGUAAACUUUACCCAUUGGGAUAAAAUAUGUAUGAUUAUAGGCUAGCUGAAGAAAAUAAUUAUUUUGCUGUUAACUUAUGUAUUUGAAGCCAGUUGUGAUACAGUUAUCUGUGUAUGUUAGAGCUGCAGAAGAAAAGUUGUCAGUUAGAUUAAAAAAAAGCCAGGCUAAAAAACAGAAGCCUGGUGUUGUCUGGUAUCAGCAUGUUUCAGGGACAUUCAGCAUGUCAAUGUUGUUUAUAAUCCUUAAACUAAUGUUUUAAAAUUGUA